AAAAAGUUACCUUUGGUAUAAAACGGUUGAUCUUCUUCAAUUUAUUAACAGUACCAAGACCAGCGUGGUCAAGAAGUGUAGUGUUUGCUUUAGUUUAAGCCUAAAACUGAUGCGUCGACCAUCUAGGAUGAGGUCGUUAGCGCUGUUGGUAAUACUUGGCUGCCUGUGUGCCCCGCUGGCUCUAGCGGAUGAACCGGUCGCAGUUCGCCAGAAGCGCAGCCCAACUCCGUUCUUCUUCAACAAAGGUCACGACGAUCACCACCAUCACCCGGAGCCCAAGUGCGUCUGGGAGAAGAAACUCGGCUGGAAGGAGGACUGGAAGAAGGUCUGGGAAACGAAAAAGAUCGAAGUGUGGAAGUCCGAAUGGAAGAAGCAGCAGAUUCCGGUGUGGAAGAAGGUAGAAGUGCCAAUCUGGCGGGAGGUUAAGGUACCCGACUGGAAGAUCGUGAAGACACCGUACUGGAAGGAGACCGAAAUUCCGGCCUGGAAGGAAGUUCAGGUGCCUGACUGGAAGAAGGUGACGAAACCGGUGUGGAAGGAAGUUCAGGUUCCAGUCUGGAAAGAAGUCCAAGUCCCCGAAUGGAAACAGAUCUGGGUGCCGGAUACGGUGAAGGUUGGCAUUCCUGGCGAGAAGUUCCUGGGCAAGGAUGAGCACGGUUGGGAGUACACAAGCCACGAUCUGUGGAAGAAAAAGAUGGUCUGGAAGCCACUAUGGAAGAAGGUGUGGAAAACAGUGAAGAAAGAGGAGUGGAAAACAGAGAAAAAGCUAGAAUGGAAGGAUGAGUGGGUGCAGAUAUGGCGCACGGAAAAGCAACAGAUCUGGGUGAAGAAGAAGGAAGAAGCAUGGAAGGAAGACAAAAUCGAAGUGUGGCGUGUAGAGAAAAAGCAAGAGUGGGCUACAGAAAAGAAGCUAGAGUGGAAGGAAGAGUGGAAAGAAAUUAAGGUUCCAGCCUGGAAGGAAAUUCAAGUACCCGCUUGGAAGAAGGUGUGGAAACCAGUUUGGGAGAAGAUCUGCGUCCCAGUCAGCCACGGAUGGCAUUAGUCUCGUACCUUAGUGACUUAGGUUUUAAAAUUAAAUUAGUCCCGUAUCUCAUAGACUAGCCUCUACUUAUAUAUGCCUCUCUACCUGAAGCCUAAACAUUUCAGUUACGUAAUACGCUAGUGCGUAAAACUAUCUCUUUCUCAUCAAAUCUGUCAGAGUAAGUUUCCUUUAAUGCACCCAAAGAAACAUGGAAGGAGUAUAGCAGCGAAUGUCGAAAAAGCGAGAAGCAAAUUAUCGCUAAUUUUAUAUUCAUGUUAUUUCCAGACGCCAUAAAACAUACACCUUAGUAGCACAUCAUCUUCGCAAUUGCUCACCACCAUUCUCCGUGUGGCGCUAAGUAAUGCUUCCACCGCACUUCUCACAACUCUAUGUAAAUACCAUCAGCUCCAAUUAGCCUAUUAUCCCACACCACUUUUCAAUACACAAUGUAUUCCACUGCUAACCAGCGCGUCCUGUACUGAAACAGUCGAUGAAAUAACGAUUUCCUGUAAAAAAAAAUACGCUCGACGAAAAACGGUUAUAACCGUUCUCUUUAGUAAAUUUCGGUAAAACGACACUCGGUUUCGUCACAAUCGAUCUCUUUCAUGCAAUUUACGCGCUCACCCAAACAGCAAACUGAUUUUUAUACUGCAGUUGUAUUCCGUUCACUCAAUAAGUGAUAAAUUUCCAUCGAAGCACAAGAAGAAGAAAAAGUACUAUCGUUACUCGACACAAAAAAGGGUAAUUAAAGAAACCGUUCAAAUCCGUCACUAGUUUGCUGAAGUUGAAAGGAAAAUUGACCAGUUUCGAAACGCAAGCUAACCUACAAUAACAGUCAACUGUCGUCAUUCGGCUAGAUUCGGCAUAGCCAAAAUAGUUCGGAGAGAGACCAUCCCAUGUCCACAUUCACUAAAGAAAGGGGCACGUGAGAGAUAUUGCAUUUGAAUGGACGGUCAGUUAACAGAACAAAUCGCAGCUCAUUUCACUUCUAUCAGAUAUUUUCAAAUCCAUUUUCAAUUACAAUGAAAUCAGCAGUCCAUUUAGGAUUUUACAGCUUUUUAACAUACUAUUUCACGAAACAAUAUCGAUGCUCUAGUGCACCGCUGAACCGCUUCCCAUGACAUUUUUUCCUUGAGGCGGUACCUCUUGUAACCUCUUGUAAGACCGUCCAAACUACAUACCUAGGAUCGUACAUAGGAAAAACCCAGCUCAGAAGUGGAAACUAUCUGUAAACGAUGAGAUAAUUCCGCGCAAAACGAGGAGCAGCUACCGAAAGCGAUCCUUUGUGUUGUACAUCUUUCCCUUUACUCUCUCGCUUAAGUCACUGACUGAUACGGUUUUCUCGAAUUGGAUGCACAAAAUAGUAAAUACAUGAAACCGAGUCCGGAAGCAGACGGCACUAGCGGAACAACUGCUCUCGGUUGGAAAAGUUGGCGUUUCGUUGGCGAGACCAGGGUAAAGGGGGAAAAGGGGGUUGGAAAAAGUUGAUCCACGCUAUCGCUUUGUACGCGGUGCGUCGAAUUAGGAAAACUCAAAGGCCGCGCACAACCAGCGAGAAGCAGAAAAAAACUGUGCGUAAACGAUCUUCCACUGCUAAGCAAGAUCUAGUUAAUAACACUCAUACACACCGACCGCUCGGAGCAAAAAACGGCGAUUGCGAAAGUGAAGUAACACUAAUUUAUGAUUUAUUUUUGUAUAUUUUCAUACAAAAAGCAAAUUAUAAAUAAUGUAUUUAACCACGAUCGGAGAAACUUUCUGAUGUAACUCUAAUGAAUUUUACACCUAUCGAUACUUUCUUAUGUUUGGCAGUCCUUACCUCCAAAAGAAUCGACUAAAAUUUGUGAACGGAAGCUGUUAAAUGAAAUUGUGUAUAUAUUAAACGUAACGAGUUAAUUAUUUUGUAAAUAGACUUUCAUGCCGAGAACCAGUCAUACCAAUAAAACCGAUAAAAAAGUUAA